CAGCUGCGUCUUGCAUCCUACUAUGGAGACCACAUGGUGCUGCAGAAGUCUCCAGCUCGAGCUGUGCUGUGGGGAUACGGCCCUGAGGGCGCACACGUCACCGUCUCCCUGUCAGGACCUACACAGCAGAGGACCUCACCAGUCACCGUGACAGAAGGCAUCUGGCGAGUCACCCUCGACCCUGUUGAACCUGGUGGUCCCUACAUGGUGAAUGUGUCUUCAGAGACCAGCACUGUCACUAUGACAGAUGUGCUGUUUGGAGACGUUUGGCUGUGUGGAGGACAGAGUAACAUGCGGUUCCAAACAUCUCAGAUUUUUAAUGCAUCGUCUGAGCUGGCUCUUGCGCCCAAGUAUCCUCAUGUGAGGCCUUUCCAGGCAGCCUUGAAUGUCAGUGAGACUGAACUGCUUGAUCUGAUUCAAGUGCAGAUUCCCUGGUCUGUGCCCACAGCUGGCGUCCUGUCUGAGUUUUCUGCUGUGUGUUGGCUCUUCGGACGUUACCUGUACGAUGUCUUGAAGUACCCCAUCGGACUGGUGGAGUCCUGUUGGGGAGGCACACCAGUGGAAGCCUGGUCGUCUUCAAGGGCCCUUCAGCAGUGCAAAUUAGAGGGAAUGAUUGGCGGUCCGAGAAACGAUUCUGUUUUGUGGAACUCAAUGAUCCACCCACUGCUCAAUAUGACCAUCUAUGGAGCCAUCUGGUACCAAGGGGAGGCAAAUACUGAUUACCAUUCCAACCAGUACAACUGUUCCUUCCCUGCUAUGAUCGAUGACUGGAGGAUGGCAUUUCACCAGGGCUCGGGUGGGCAGACAUAUCCAGACUUCCCCUUUGGCUUUGUCCAGCUCUCAACCUGCCACAAAAAAUCCACUGCUGAGAGAUUUCCGAACGUCCGCUGGCAUCAGACGGAAGACACUGGUUUUGCGCCAAACUCAAAAAUGAGAAAAACCUUCAUGGCUGUGGCUUUAGAUUUACCGGAUGAAUCAUCACCUUAUGGAACGAUCCAUCCUCGAGACAAACAGGAUGUCGCCUACAGGCUGACGCUGGGCGCCAGGGCAGUGGCCUAUAACCAAACAGAUGUGCUCUUCCUCGGUCCUUUCCCCAAAGAAAUCCAACCUCCUCAAAAUUCCAUCGAAAUUGUCUAUGACCAAGAAGUCUCUGUCACUCAAUCCAAAGACAUCUAUGAGAUCUGCUGUUCAACGACUCGGGCUGCAUGUAGCCUUCAUUCCAGUUGGGUUCCAGCUCCCAUCCUCAGCUGGGCUUCAGCCUCUGUCCAGGUAUCCAACGCUUCGUGUAAAGACUCUGCUGUUGUCGGUCUUCGAUAUGCAUGGAAGGACUGGCCCUGUGAUUUUAAAGCCUGCCCAGUUUACAGUGCCAACAAGGUUUUACCUGCUCCUCCCUUCAUUUUCUAUUACCCUCAAGGCAACAACUGAGUCUGGUUGAUAUUGCCCUGGUUGGAUUACCAUAAUGAUCAUUUAUCUGUGGGAAGUUAGU